AUGUUCCUUUUGAAAAUCCUGGCUGUGAUAACAAACGUUAGUUUAAUAGCUGCAAGCCCAUACGCCUUCAUUGAUUCCCAUUCUCAAUUCUUCCAAAUCAUAGAGGAGUCUCUUAACGGAACGGAAAUCAUUGGUGUAUCUGAGUAUCUCCACAAUGCCGUUGGGAUAGGUUCCAAAACGACCUAUCAGCUACUUGAUUCUCAUGAAAUACUCACCCGUUUGUUGAAAAUUGAGUCACAGACUGGCCGACUUUAUGUGGAUGGUAGAAUCGAUCGAGAGACUAUCUGUCCACAAACUUCAGGCAUUUCUCUACCCUUCCUUGAUUCAGAUACUUCAUGUAUGAAACAGAUUAGUGUCUUAGCUACCAUACAGCAAGACCAAGAAGUUUCAGUUCAAACGAUUCCUCUAAAACUUGUGAUUCUGGAUGUGAACGACAAUGCUCCUUCAUGGAAUUCUGCUGCUAGACAAUUAGACGGUCUUCCAGUUUUAGAAGCCAGUAUUCUUGAACAAGCUUCUGGAAGUAAAGUUCAAGUUCCGGCGGCAUAUGAUCCUGAUUUCGGUCUAAAUGGCGAGAUCUCCUAUCGCCUUGAGAAUUACCCGAAUCCAUCUGGAGGUGAUUCACCGAAUCAAGAUCACGGACCAGCUCCAUUUACAAUCAGUGGUCCGGUUGGUGGAAUGCUGCAACUGACCCCGUUUCAAACCAUCGACUAUGAAAAACAGAAUGUGUAUGACCUUCUCUUAGUUGCAUCAGAUGAUGGCAAACCCCCGAAAGUGGGGAAGGCACAUUUACGAGUUAGUGUAAUUGACGUAAAUGAUGAAGCCCCAGUUUUCAUCCAGCAGAUCUUCACUCCCCCAGGUGGCCAGGGUAUUUCAGAACGUACACAACCUGGAAGAGUCAUUCUCAAUGUUACCGCUGUAGAUGGAGACGCUUCAGACCGAAAUUCACGCCUCACUUACUCAAUGGUUCCUAGCUCCAAUCGACUGAUAGGUGAAAUGUUCUCAGUGCAUCCAGAUGGUAGGAUUAUCCUUCGACAUUGGUUAGAUUAUGAGACCUUGGAACCUGCGCAUAUGUCUAGUUCUACUCAAGCUCUACGUGAGGCACCUCCCUCUAAAGGGAAGCAAUUUGCAUUCUUCGUGAAAGCAACAGAUUCGGCACCACCACCCUAUGAAAAAACGGGGACUGCGCUCGUUGUCAUUCCAAUUAUCGAUGAGAAUGAUGAAAAACCAGUAAUUAGUUCGCGGUUUCUGGGAUCACCAGAACUCGUUAAACAUGGUGAAGCAGGUGUUAUAAUAGAGAACUCGACUGUUCCAGUUCGAUUGGCCUAUAUUCAAGCUCGUGAUCCAGAUUUUGAUGGUCGUGAUCGUGUCGAAUGCACAGUUCCAGAUAAUGAAAAUCUUUCCAUCAAACGAGUGGCACCAAUAACUCAUCGACAGUCUAGUGACGAUAUGAGUAUUUCGCCAAAUAACAAUGACUUUCUUCUAAGUCUUGAGGAACCCGUAGAUCGAGAAACUGUAAAAAUGCUUCAGGUACGAAUACAUUGUGUUGAUGAGGCUAAUAACACGGCAGAUAAACUGAUCAACAUUCGUGUUUUGGAUGUCAAUGAUGAAUGCCCCACCUUUCUUUGGCCUGUGGUCUAUUUUUCUGUCAACGAAAAUACCAAGGUACCUUCAACAGUCAAUGGUCCGAACGGUACCCUUCAAGGUUACAGAAUUGGAAGGGUGAUAGCCUACGACAAGGAUGAAGGGGAUAAUGCGAGAAUUAUGUAUGGUCUCCUGCCAGCCAUUGAAAUCGAGGAGCCCAAACCGAGACCUAGUUUAUUCCCUCUUAGUGAAUAUGACCUAGAAAACUAUCCUACGCAAGCUUCCGAUAUAUUUCGGAUCGAUUCAACCACAGGAGAGCUUUUCGCACUGAGAUCAUUCGACGCGGAGAAAGAGAAGCUGAUAAAGUUGAAGGUUAUUGCAAUAGAUCAACCUUCAGAUCCAUCUGCUCGCUCACAUACUGGUACAGCAAGUGUUGUUAUUCAGAUUUUUGACAUGAACGAUUGGUCUCCGGUGUUUCACCAAGUGUUUGAAAACGAUCGACACAAUCAACAACUCUAUGCUCAUAGUAUUCUUGACGAACCAUCAACAGUUGACUCCUAUCAAUUCUCGAUUAAGGAGAACCUUCCUGCUUAUACACUCGUUGGGCGGAUCAGUGCAAUUGAUCCAGACGUGAGCUUCUGGGGAUCUAUUAGUUUUAUUAAUAAUGGCACAGCAGGUGAUGGUUCACGUUCUCCCAAAGGAAUAACACUACAAUUCGCUCCAGGGACUCCAGCCUAUGUGGAAAAUGCCUUUACUAUUCAUCCAAUUUCUGGGCAGCUGAGAACUACUGGAUCCUUGGACAGAGAAGCUUGUGCGAACUAUACAUUCAGUGUCAUCGCUGUUGAUAAAGGACCGGUAGAUGGUGUUUCAAGAACUUCAACCGCCGUAAUCACUGUCAAUGUUGAGGACGAGAACGACAACGACCCUGUGUUCAUCCGACCAGUGUCUGAAGCAUUGGACAAUGGCAAAGCGCCAGGAGGUGAAACACUCUUUGAGGGCGAUGCAUUCCCUUCACCAUCACCAACACCCCAAGGCAGUCUCGAUUCCCAGUCUGCUUCCUCAUCCUCUGGGUCUGCAUCCGCGUCAGCCCCCAUCGCAGACAAAGAUCGUAUUCCAGUUGUUGCCGUUAGUCGCUUGCCCAGUAACGGGGGCUCUAUCGAUGCCAACUCAAAUCCAAUCGCUCGUCUACUGAUUCGGAUAGAAGCUCAUGACCCAGACGCUGGUCGAAACGGUCAAAUUCGUUAUGCAAUCACGUCGGGAAAUGUUGAUGACAUCUUCUACUUGGAUCCAACUUCUGGAUCACUUGUGCUCAAGAGUGCUCACCCAGCUGUGAAGGAGGCUUCGAGCUAUCUUCUUCAAUUUGAAGCUUGUGACCAAGGGGUUCCACCGCGUUGUGCGACUCCAACCCGUCUACGCGUUGUAAUGGGUAGACCAGUUAUGAGUAAAGGGGGAAAUCCUGGAGGUAGUGUCUACCCCAAUACUCUAGACGAUAAUUCCUACUUUGGAUCAAGUCGGUUUUCCGGGGAAACAUCCAUGACGGAGUUGGAAGAAGCUGGUCAAUACGCAGAUGUGUGGGAUAAGAGUGCUUAUAAUGAGCUUGGUUCUGAUUGGUCAUCUCUUUCAAAAUGGGAAGAUAAACAACGCUACUUGAGAAAUGAAUACGAAAAGCAGAAUUCGCCGAAUAGAAGAAGUGGAGUGACUGUCAGUGAAGCAGUUAUAAUCUGUGUUGCCGUGAUAUUUGCGGUCUUCCUCUGCGCAGCCUUGAUAUUAGUGUACCUGGUGAAACGCAAAUCCAUUUAUUUUUCUAUCGGAGGGAAGCAUAAUCGAAAAGGUGGGUGCUGA